UCCCCCCGCCCCCCGCGGGUCCCGGGCGGUGGGGGGGGCGGCGAGGCAGGCACAGCCCCCCGCCCCCAUGGCCGCCCGUCGGAGCCAGAGGCGGAGGGGGCGCCGGGGGGAGCCGGGCACCGCCCUGCUGGCCCCGCUCGCGCUGGGCCUGGGCCUGGCGCUGGCCUGCCUCGGCCUCCUGCUGGCCGCGGUCAGCCUGGGGAGCCGGGCAUCGGCGCCCGCCCAGGAGCCUUCCCAGGGGGAGCUGGUGGCGGACGAGGACCCGGACCCGCCGGAACUGAAUUCCCAGACAGAGAAGAGCCAGGAUCCUGGGCCCUUCCUGAAGCGGCUGGUCCGGACUCGCAGGAAUGCAUCCAAAGGUCGGAAAACGCGGGCUCGCAGGGCCAUUGCAGCGCACUAUGAAGUUCAUCCACAACCGGGACAGGACGGAGGACAGGCUGGUGUGGACGGGACGGUGAGUGGCUGGGAAGAGGCCAAAAUCAACAGCUCCAACCCACUGCGCUAUGACCGCCAGAGUGGGGAAUUUAUAGUCACGCGGGCUGGGCUCUACUACCUGUACUGCCAGGUGCACUUUGAUGAGGGGAAGGCUGUCUACCUGAAGCUGGACUUGCUGGUGGAUGACGCCCUGGCCCUGCGCUGCCUGGAAGAGUUCUCCGCCACAGCCGCCAGCAGCCUGGGCCCCCAGCUCCGCCUCUGCCAAGUGUCUGGGCUGUUGCCCCUCCGGCCCGGGUCCUCCCUGAGGAUCCGCACUCUCCCCUGGGCCCAUCUCAAGGCCGCCCCCUUCCUUACCUACUUCGGACUCUUCCAGGUUAACUGAGGCGCCCUGGGGGCGCCCCCACUGCAGCUCCCCCCACCCCCUGCCCUGACCUGCCUGCCCUCUGCAGGCUGCUUGGACUUGUUCACCUGUUUCCGUGCCACAUACAUAAUCCUCUUCCCUUCUGACACCCCCAUUCUCCACCUCACUGGCCCCUGAACCCCUGGUCUUUUGAAGCCCCCAUUUAUCUCCUGACUUCCUCACUCUUGGCCAACCCCCCCCCACACACACCAGCCAAAGGACACUGUGUCUAUUCUGGGUGAGAAUGGGUCCCUAACCUCCCCCCACUUCAGGCACUAAUCAGGGCUAGAUGCCAGGGUGACUGGGACACGGAGGCCGGGAGUUCCCAUACGCGAGGGCUGAGAACAGGAUGAGCUCCUUCCCUGUGGAUUUUUAAAACAGAUAUUAUUUUUAUUAUUAUUGUGACAAGAUGUCAAUAAGUGGAUAUUAAAGAGAAUAAACCACA